AUGGCUGAUUCUUCUUAUGAAAAAGGACUGAGUGAACUUUCAAAAAUGAAAGUCGCUGAUUUAAAGGUAGAAUUGAAACAAAGAGGGUUGCCGACAACGGGAAAUAAAAAUGAACUUGUUGAAAGGCUUCAGCUUGCUAUUCAUGGUGAUAGCGCAUUAUCACUGGAUGAGAAUGCAGAAGAAAUUUUAGAUGAAGAUGCUGUACUUGAGAGAAAAUUAUCAACAGACGCCAAUCCGGUAUCAGCUAAAAAAAUAGUUCUCAACCGUAAUUCAGUUAUUGAAGAAAUAAAAGUUGAUAAACCAAGUGAUGAAGAGCCACCUAAAUCUGUUGAGGCAGCUGAACCUCAAAAACGUGUUAUUAAAUUAUCAGAAGUUGGAAUAAAAGAGCGGUUGGAAAUGAGAGCUAAAAAGUUUGGUGUACCAUUAUCUGAGUCAGCGAAAAAAGAAGCCAGGUCAGCUAGGUUUAAUAGUAGUAAUCAAAGCGAUAAAUCCGCAGCAUCUAUUAAAAUACCUGUUGAAACAUCUGUUGAAACUCUGAAGAAACGCGCAGAAAGAUUCGGAACAGUUUCAAAUGUUGUGGAAAAGGUGGAACUUUUGGAAAAAAUUGAAAAACGUAAAGCAAGAUUCGGUGAAGUUGAAGUACAGUCCAUUAAGAAACCUACCUUUGUUAAUAGAGUUAAAUAUGUUAAAUGAUAUCACUUAUCAUACAUAA